CAAAAUAAAGAGAGGAAAAUAAAAGCAGAAUAAAAAAUUAUGCUUCUUAUUAUAUGAUAGUGUACACAAAUCUGAACGGCCGGAGUUAGGGUUUUUGUACGAAGAGGAGUAAAUUGACUGUCCGUUCCGGUCGAUCGGAGAUAUUUCUGAGAAAUGGCGAACGAGAAGGUGGAAUUUCAAGUGUAUAAUUCAAUGACGAGACAGAAGGAAGUAUUCAUACCUAAGGAAACUGGCAAGGUCAAAAUGUACGUGUGUGGCGUUACCAGUUACGAUUACAGUCAUAUCGGCCAUGCUCGUGCCUAUGUCGCCUUCGACCUUCUCUACAGAUAUCUGAAAUACUUGGGAUAUGAGGUUGUGUAUGUGCGCAACUUCACCGAUGUAGAUGACAAGAUAAUUCGUAGGGCUAAUGAGCUUGGAGAAGACCCAACAGCUCUGAGUGGUCGAUACUGCCAAGAGUUUCUAAAAGACAUGGAUGAUCUCCAGUGCCUCCAACCGACUCAUCAGCCACGUGUUACUGAGCACAUGGAGCAGAUUAAGGAAAUGAUAGCUAAGAUAAUGGCUAAUGGCUGUGCAUACACAAUCAAUGGAGAUGUUUAUUUCUCUGUUGAUAGUUUUCCAGAGUAUGGUCGAUUGUCUGGACGAAAAUUAGAAGAUAAUCGAGCUGGAGAACGAGUUGAAGUUGAUUCAAGAAAGAAAAAUCCUGCUGAUUUUGCCUUGUGGAAGUCUGCAAAGCCUGGUGAACCAAGUUGGGAGAGCCCCUGGGGUCCUGGAAGACCAGGUUGGCAUAUAGAAUGCAGCGCAAUGAGUGCGCACUAUCUGACACAUUCCUUUGAUAUACAUGGUGGUGGAAUGGACUUGACUUUUCCUCACCAUGAAAAUGAGAUUGCCCAGAGUUGCGCUGCUUGCCGGGAGAGUAAUAUUAGCUACUGGAUGCAUAAUGGUUUUGUGAACAUAGAUGACGAGAAAAUGUCGAAAUCAUUGGGGAAUUUCUUCACUAUACGUGAGGUUACUCGAUUGUACCAUCCCCUUGCAUUGAGGUACUUCUUGUUGGGGAAUCACUACCGAUCUCCGGUUAAUUACUCAAUAUCACAGAUAGAAAUUGCUUCAGAAUCUGUGUUCUACAUUUAUCAGACCUUACUAGAUUCUGAAGAAGCCUUGUCAGCUUUCCAACAAGGAACUGAAACUGCAAAAAAUGCAAAGGGGCGUGUUACCCCUCAGGCCCAAGAAUGCAUCAAUAAGCUGCGUAAUGAGUUGAAGACAAAGCUCUCUGAUGACUUGCAUACACCUACAAUUUUAAACGCUGCUCUUCAAGAAGCCCUUAAACUCAUGAAUAGUUGCUUGACCAUACUGAAGAAAAAGCAGCAAAAGCAACAACACUUAUCUGCAUCUUUGUCCCUGACCGAGCUCUUGAAAGAAGUGAAGGCAGUAUUGGAUGUUCUUGGCUUGCUUGCUGGUUCAACUUGUGCUGAGGUUUUGCAGCAAUUUAAAGAGAGGGCAUUGAAAAGGGCUGAGUUAACAGAGGAAGAUGUUCUGCAUGCAAUAGAGGAAAGAGCACUAGCAAGGAAAAACAAGGAUUUCGCUAGAAGUGAUCAGAUCAGAACUGAUCUAGCUGCCAAGGGUAUCUCUUUAAUGGAUAUUACAGGGACGACAGAAACAGCAUGGAGGCCUUGUGUAAGAUCCAUACAAGAACAGCCCGCCGCCCCAGCUCAACCAAAAAAGUCUGCUGCAGCAGUGCAAGAACAGCCUGUUGCACCAUCUCAACAAAAGCAGCCCUCUGCAGCACCCCAACAAGAACAGCCCGCUGCUGCGCCAGCUCAACAAGAUCAUCCUACGGUGCCACCUCAGUAGCCCUUUUCUGAUUACUCGAGUCGAAUUUCAUUUUUGGAGUUAUUUUCAUACUUAUUUGAAAUCUUUAACUUGUGAACUUCUAGUUUAUGGAUGAAACAUACAUGAUACUAUUAUAGCAUUGGGCAUGUAGCUAAGAUGAGCAGAAUAAUUCUCUUUACAAGAAGAGGCCUGAGGCUCAAUGCCCACUUCCUGUUAUAUUUCACGGCACAUUUUUGCCUUGGGUUAAGCAAUCCAAUUGACAUGUAAACUGUAUCAUUGUUGUACUGAUAAAACUUAUGAAUAUACUGGCACCACCAGUUUUUGACUAUUUGGAGAUAUUCUUAUAUCUA